GGCGGCCGUGAGCCAAUGGGAGGCGGCGGAGGAGGACGGCGGCAGGAGGCAGGUCCCCUCGGGCUCCCUCCGAUAAGAUGGCGGCGGUGCUGGCGAUGGCGGCGGCCGUGGCUUUGUCUGCGCCCAGCGCCUGAGCGCGGCCCCGGCCCGGGCGGCCGCUCCGCUCCGAGCAGCGGCGGCGGAGUCAUGACCUCAGAGCCCGUGAGUGAAAGCAAGUUGAAUACAUUGGUACAGAAACUCCAUGACUUCUUGGCUCACUCAUCAGAAGAAUCUGAGGACGCAAACUCUCCUCCAGCAUUAUCUAAAAACAAAAGUAUAGGUAAAAGUAGAGAACCUAAAGGAAGUCCAGCAUCAAUGGAGAACAACAAGGACGAGGGAAGUAGUUCUUCGGAAAGAACCAAAUCCUUAGGAUCAUCCCGUUCCAAAAGGAAACCUACAGUUGUAACAAAAUAUGUUGGGUCAGACGAUGAACAAAUCGCAGAUGAAACUGUAAAUGAAGAUAUUUCAAAUGAGAACUCAGAGAAUGAUGUAGAUAUGCAAAGCUUGCCUAAAGGUACAGUGGUUGUACAGCCUGAGCCAGUGCUGAAUGAAGACAAAGAUGAUUUUAAGGGGCCUGAAUUUAGAAGCAGAAAUACCGUUAAAAUGAAACCUGAAGCUCCCAAAAAGCGUGGAGAAGAAGGACUCCAUGGAAUUGUGAGCUGUACAGCUUGUGGGCAGCAGGUGAACCAUUUUCAAAAGGAUUCAAUCUAUAGACACCCUACACUGAAAGUGCUUAUUUGUAAGACUUGCUACAAAUAUUACAUGAGUGAUGACAUCAGUCGUGAUUCAGAUGGGAUGGAUGAACAGUGUAGGUGGUGUGCUGAAGGUGGAAAUUUGAUUUGCUGUGACUUUUGCCAUAACGCCUUCUGUAAAAAGUGCAUUUUGCGCAACCUGGGCCGAAAGGAGCUCUCGACUAUCCUGGAUGAAAAUAACCAGUGGCACUGCUAUAUUUGCCAUCCAGAGCCUUUGUUGGACUUGGUCACUGCUUGUGACAGUGUCUUUGAAAAUUUAGAACAGUUGCUUCAACAAAACAAAAAAAAGAUGAGAGUUGAAAAUGAAAAAAGUAAAAUAUAUGACCACACAGUCAAGUUUUCUCCAAAGAAAAAUAAUGCAAACUGUAAUGGGGAAGAAAAAAAAUUAGAUAAUUCAUAUUCAGGUUCACUAACAUAUUCUUAUAAAGCACUAAUGGUGCCAAAAGACUUGCUUAAGAAAACAAAAAAACUGAUUGAAACUACAACAAAUCUGAAUUCUAGCUUUGUAAGCUUUUUGAAAAAUGCUGCAGAAAAUGUAGAAAUAAGCCCAACUGUGCAACUGUGCCAGCUGAAAGCUUUUAAAUCUGUGCUGAAUGACAUGAAAAAAGCUCAUCUGUCACUAGAAGAAGGCCUGAACCUGGAGAUUCAAGCACUGAAUGUUAAAAUCAAAGAUAAAAAUACCAAAGAGAAAAAAACAGAGGUUAGAUCAGAAAAAAAUGAGGUGACAAAAGAUGAAGGAAAGGAACAUGUGGCAUUAAAAGAGGAUGACACCACACAGACACAGAAAAAAGUCGUGUCGGAGCAGCCUGACAAUGAGCCCAUGGAUCAAAGUGUUCCCUCAGUGGAACAGACAGAAAACAAGGCAGCUCCUGGGGAGGAGAAGAAGUCCGGCAGAAAUGAAGAACCGCAGUAUGAGCCCAACAGUACAGAGGCUUUAGACAUGGAUAUUGUGUCCAUCCCCUCGUCCGUUCCUGAAGAUAUUUUUGAGACUCUGGAAUCUGCGAUGGAGAUUCAGAUGCCAUCAGAUGAGCAGGACAGUGGGAACACAGCAGCAGAUCACGAGACUCCAAAUUCAAAUACAAAAGUGAACGCUCCUGUGAAAGAUACCAAAGGUGGUACCAAGCUAAAAUCGUCGGCUAAAGGAACAAAAGAACUGAUUGUAAAAUUGACUCCUGUUUCCCUUUCAGAGUCCACAGUUAAAGGUGAAGGUCAAGACAACAGCCUCGAAAAGGAGAGUAAAGAUGUUGAUGCAUCCAAAGAUGCUGAUGCAUCCAAAGACAUUGAUGAAUCUAAAGAUGUUGAUGCAUCUCAAGCUGGGACAGCAAACUCUGAUUCUGGAAAACAGAACCACAGUGCUGGCAGCGAGCCCUCCACGGAGAAUGACGCUGCGCCCGUGGAGGACUCGGAUCUCCGGCGGUCACCGCGGGUCAAGACCACCCCGCUGAGGCGCCCCACGGACAUCAGCCCCCUGACAUCCAACUCAGAGGAGGACAGCAAUGACACGAGCAAUGAAAAACAGAAGAGGAAAGCAUCCAAGCAACCCAGGAGGAAAAGCGAUAAAAGAAAUACUUCUGACAGCGCUGCUGAUGGUCCCAGUCCUAACAAACUUUCCAAAUCCAAAAAGCCAUAUGACUUAGAUCACAGCUCGGACUCUGAUGAGGUGCCAGCUGUUCUUAAAGAAGCAGGGAUGAUGAGUCGCAGCUCCUCGGACAGUGAGAGCAACAGUGAAGCACCAGCAAAGAAUCAAAAGACUUCAGAUUUUCAAAAGAGUCAACCAGUAAAGGAUGAAAAUGGGAAACGAAAAAGGAAGAGUUCCAGUUCCGGUUCAGAUUUAGAUGCUAAAAGAGGCAAAUCAGCUAAAAAUGCUGCUGCUGCUAAAAAGAAACGACAAAACUACUCUGAUUCUUCAAACUAUGAUUCUGACUUGGAAAAAGAGAUACAAAUAUUGAGUAAAAUUGAGGCUGCAAAGAAAUCGAAGAAAAAAUUCUCAAGAAAAGAUGAUAGUUAUGAUUCCUCUGAUGAAGAGCAGAGGAAAAAAGUAAGCAGCAAGAGAAAGUUAAAUCUGAAGAAGAAGAGAGGUAAAUCUUCUGAAGAAGAGGAUGAUGGUGAGAAGUCUUCUCCAGAGAAGGAAAUGAAUCACUCUUCUAAAGAUAAAAAAACAGGUAAGAAGUCAGCUGCUAAGGACAAGUUAAGCAGAGACUCAAAAGAAAAAUCUGCAAAGGGAAAACGUGAUGAGUCAUCUGAUGCUGAGAAAUCUUCAUUGGAAAAAGAGGAGAGUCCUGAAGUUAAGAAAAAGAAGGAUUUGAAAAAGAAAAAGGCACAGGAUGAUGAUUCUUCUUCUGAGAGUACUGAGAAAUCGGAAAAGAAAGAGCACAAGUUGGAGUCUUCAAAAGACAGACUCAAGAACAAAAAAGGAUCAGAAAGCAAAGCAAAGAAAUCUGAAAAAUUGAAAAAGAAAGGUUUCAAGAAAGAACAAGACGAUUCCUCUUCUGAUCUUGAUAAGUCAUCUCCAGAGAAAGGAAGUAGCAAUUCUUCUGAAAACGACAAAAUUAAAAAGGAACCCGUGUUUACAGAAAAGAGAAAAUUGAGAGAGAGAGUAGCUAAAAGAGUACACAUUGAUUUAUCCUCUGAUACUGAGAAAUCUCCCCAGAAAGAGGAGAGUUCUGAUGAUGAUGCCAUGCAGCGUAAAAAACGAACUGAAACGAAAGAAAAGAGGAAAAUAAGCCACAAAAAGAAGAUUUCCAAGAAAGAACAGAAUGACUCAUCCUCUUCUGAUGAGGAGUCUUAUGAAGACAGUAAGAAAAAGGUUAAGAGAGGAUCAGUAAAAGAAAGUAAAAAGAGCAACUUAAAAAAGAAAGUGGCAAAAAAGAAGGUGGUUGUCACUUCCUCUUCCCAGUCUGAUAAGGAGGAAAACGAUGAUCAGAAUUCCACAGGCGAUGGAAGCAGCGACGAGCAGAAGAUCAGGCCCGUGACUGAAAGCUUGAUGCUGUCUGCUGAUGCAGGAUUUUGUCAGUCAUCAGGAGAUGAGGGAGAUGCUCUAUCAAGGACUAUCCCAAUGGAGGAGGAGGAAGAUGAUGAUGAUGACGACCCCGAGAAUAGAAUUGCCAAGAAAAUGCUUUUAGAAGAAAUCAAAGCCAAUCUUUCCUCUGAUGAGGAUGCGUCUUCAGAAGAGCAGCCGGAGGAAGGAAAGAAGAAACCUGCAAAGCAACCUGAAAACACAGCAGAUGAUGGAGAGAAGGAAAAGGAAGACAAGAAGUCUGAAAAGGAAGAACCUAAUUCUGAGUCAGAUUCAGAGGAGGAAGAAACAUCCAAGAAGCCCAGAUACAGACACAGACUGCUGAGGCAGAAGCUCACUGUGAGUGAUGGGGAGUCUGGAGAAGAAAAGAAGGUGGUGAAACCAAAAGACAAAAAAGAAGGGGGGAAGCGCAGAAAUAGAAGGAAAGUGAGCAGUGAUGACUCCAAUGACUCUGAGUUCCACGAGUCUGCAGUGAGUGAGGAGGUCAGUGAGUCUGAGGAUGACCAAAGGCCUAGGACAAGAUCUGCCAAAAAAGCUGAGGCAGAGGAAAACCAGCGCAGCUACAAACAGAAAAAGAAACGAAGGAGGAUAAAGGUUCAGGAGGAUUCAUCCAGUGAAAAUGAGAAUAAGAGUAACUCUGAGAAUGAGGACAAUGAUGACUCCAAAUCUCCUGGAAAAGGCAGGAAGAAGAUCAGGAAAAUUAUUAAAGAUGAUAAGCUUAGAACAGAAACACAAAAUGCACUUAAAGAAGAAGAAGAAAGAAGAAAACGUAUAGCAGAGAGAGAACGGGAGAGAGAGAAAUUGAGAGAGGUGAUAGAGAUUGAGGAUGCCUCACCUCUGAAGUGUCCCAUCACAACCAAGCUGGUUUUAGAUGAAGAUGAAGAAACCAAAGAACCUUUAGUGCAGGUCCACAGGAGUAUAGUGACCAGACUGAAACCACACCAAGUAGAUGGUGUUCAGUUCAUGUGGGAUUGCUGCUGUGAAUCUGUGAAAAAAACCAAGACAUCUCCUGGCUCUGGCUGCAUUCUUGCUCACUGUAUGGGCCUGGGAAAAACAUUACAGGUAGUAAGUUUUCUCCACACAGUCUUGCUAUGUGACAAACUGGAUUUUCGGACAGGCCUGGUCGUGUGUCCACUCAACACUGCCUUGAACUGGCUGAAUGAGUUUGAAAAAUGGCAAGAAGGUCUAGAAGAUGAGGAGAAACUAGAGGUCUAUGAGCUGGCAACUGUGAAGAGGCCUCAGGAGAGGAGCUACAUGCUGCAGCACUGGCAGGAUGAGGGAGGGGUGAUGAUCAUUGGCUACGAGAUGUAUCGAAACCUGGCUCAAGGCAGGAAUGUGAAGAGUAAAAAACUUAAAGAAAUAUUUAACAAAGCUUUAGUCGACCCAGGUCCUGACUUCGUGGUGUGUGAUGAAGGACACAUAUUGAAAAAUGAAGCAUCUGCUGUCUCCAAGGCAAUGAAUUCUAUUAAAUCUAGGAGAAGAAUAAUUCUGACAGGAACACCACUGCAGAAUAAUCUUAUAGAAUAUCACUGCAUGGUUAACUUCAUCAAGGAGAACUUGCUUGGCUCAAUUAAGGAGUUCCGGAAUCGGUUCAUCAACCCCAUCCAGAACGGGCAGUGUGCAGACUCCACCCCCGUGGAUGUCAGGGUGAUGAAGAAAAGGGCUCACAUCCUCUAUGAGAUGCUGGCUGGCUGUGUUCAGAGGAAGGAUUACACAGCACUAACCAAGUUCCUGCCCCCCAAAUACGAGUACGUGCUCGAGGUGAGGAUGACCCCCAUCCAGUGCAAGCUGUACCAGUAUUACCUGGACCAUCUCACAGGUGUAGGUGGUGGCAAUGAAGGUGGAAGAGGCAAAGCUGGAGCUAAACUAUUCCAGGAUUUCCAGAUGUUGAGCAGAAUCUGGACUCACCCUUGGUGUUUGCAGCUGGACUAUAUUAGUAAAGAAAAUAAGGGCUAUUUUGAUGAAGACAGCAUGGAUGACUUCAUAGCUUCAGAUUCUGAUGAAACUUCCAUGAGCUUAAGUUCAGAUGAUUAUGCAAAGAAAAAAAAAUCCAAGGGGAAAAAGGUGACAAAAGAAUGUAGCUCGAGUGGCAGUGGCAGUGAUAAUGAUGUUGAAGUCAUUAAAGUCUGGAAUUCAAGAUCUCGUGGAGGUGGGGAAGGAAAUAUAGAAGAUCUUACAAACAACCCAGCAUCAACAAAGUCAGAUGAAGGCAAAGCUACAUCCUCUUCCAAUCCUGGUAGCCCAGCUCCAGACUGGUACAAAGAUUUUGUCACUGAUGCAGAUGCUGAGGUGUUGGAACAUUCUGGGAAGAUGGUGCUGCUCUUUGAAAUCCUCCGAAUGGCAGAGGAGCUGGGAGACAAAGUCCUGGUGUUCAGCCAGUCCCUGAUAUCUCUGGAUUUGAUAGAAGAUUUCCUGGAGCUGGCUAACAGGGAGAAAUCUGACAGAGAUCAGCCUCCUAUCUACAAAGGUGAAGGAAAAUGGUUCAGAAAUAUUGAUUAUUAUCGCUUGGAUGGCUCAACCACAGCUCAGUCCAGGAAGAAAUGGGCUGAGGAGUUUAAUGAUGAAACUAAUGUGAGAGGCCGCUUGUUCAUCAUAUCCACCAAAGCAGGUUCCCUGGGAAUAAACCUGGUGGCUGCUAACAGAGUCAUCAUCUUUGAUGCCUCCUGGAACCCCUCCUAUGACAUCCAGAGCAUCUUCAGGGUGUAUCGCUUCGGGCAGAACAAGCCUGUGUUUGUGUACAGGUUUUUGGCUCAGGGAACCAUGGAGGACAAGAUCUACGACCGGCAGGUGACAAAGCAGUCGCUGUCCUUCAGGGUGGUGGACCAGCAGCAGGUGGAGAGGCACUUCACCAUGAACGAGCUCACUGAGCUCUACACCUUCGAGCCAGACCUGCUGGAUGACCCCAACUCCGAGAAGAAGAAGAAGAGGGACACCCCCAUGCUGCCAAAAGACACGAUCCUGGCAGAGCUGCUCCAGAUCAACAAGGAGUACAUAGUUGGGUACCACGAACAUGAUUCACUCCUGGACCACAAGGAGGAAGAGGAGCUCACUGAAGAAGAGAGGAAGGCAGCCUGGGCAGAAUAUGAAGCAGAAAAGAAGGGCAUGACCAUGCGUUUCAACAUGCCCACAGGGACCAACACAAUGCCCACAAAUUUCAACUCUCAGACAUAUAUUCCUUACAAUUUGGGUGCUCUGUCAGCAAUGAGCAACCAACAGCUGGAGGACCUCAUUAACCAAGGAAGAGAGAAGGUGGUGGAAGCAACCAACAGUGUGGCUGCAGCAAGAAUCCAGCCCCUUGAAGACAUCAUUUCAGCCAUAUGGAAAGAAAACUUAACCCUGACGGAGAGCCAGGUGCAGGCCCUGGCCCUGAACAGACAGGCGAGCCAGGAGCUGGACGUGAAGCGCCGAGAAGCCAUUUACAACGACGUCCUCGGGAAACAGCAGAUGCUAAUCGGUUGUGUCCAGAGGAUCCUGAUGAACAGGCGGCUCCAGCACCAGUACAACCAGCAGCAGCAGCAGCAGAUGUCCUACCAGCAAGCAGCCAUGGGCCACCUCAUGGUGCCAAAGCCUCCAAAUUUAAUCAUGAAUCCUUCCAGCUACCCAGCCAUAGAUGUGAGAGGAAUGUAUCAGUCAGCGUCUGGUGGGAUGCAGCCACCACCCCUACAACGAGCACCACCCCCAAUGAGAGGCAAAAAUCCAGGGCCUUCCCAAGGGAAAUCAAUGUGAUUUUGCACUAAAAGCCUAAAGGAUUGUUAAAAUCAGAGAAAGAACUUUUAUUUUUUUAGGAAUCAAUGGCCUAACAGAACUCAACUGUAAAAAAAAAAUUAAAAAGAAUAGUUUGGUUGCUCCCCUUAAA